AUGCACAGAAUUCUAGUCAAUACUUCAAGUACAGAGAGAUACAGGGAAAAUGAGAAUUUCCGAGAAGCAAAGCUUCAAACCGCAGCGAAAAAGUACAAAAGUGAUGAAUCGUUCAGGUCAAAAAUUAAAGAUGCAAGUCGACAUCAAUAUGAUUCGAAUGCAGAGACGAAAAUGAAAAAGAAAGAGAUGGUAAAAAGUCGUAGAAAUGCUGAAACAGCUAGAUUAGAAAACCAGGAAGAGGUGGUAAAAGUAUUUAAAGAAAAUGUUGUGCAAGGCAUUGACUAUUCGUGCUGUUGUUGUGAUCGGCUACUGUUUCGGAAUCAAGUUCAAAGAUGCGAACGGAAAGCAUAUGCCAAAACUGAGCAGGCAGCAAGUGUUGCAGACUUGUGUAUUCAAGAUAAGUACUGUCACGAAUGUAUAGAAUCAUGUCCAAAGGAUUGCAUUAAAUCAACGUUAUGGAUUUGUUAUACUUGUCACAGGAAAAUCUUAAGCGGAAAUUUUCCAGCAGAAGCUGCAGCGAACAAAAUGGCUUUGGAAGAUAUUCCAAAGGAAUUACAAGAAUUGAACAGCCUUGAGAAACACUUGAUUGCAAUACAUAUACCUUUCAUGAAAGUCAUAAAUCUUCCUCAUGGUGGUCAGAAAAAUAUCCAUGGGCCAGUUGUAUGUGUACCAGCUGAUUUGAAAAAAGUUACAAGUUUACCGAUGAGACCUGGAGAAGAUCAUUUACUUAGAGUAAAACUAAAGAGGAAGUUGAAUUACAAAGGGUACAGCGAGUACCAGUUUGUUGAUCCAAAGCACAUAUGUGAGGCAUUGAAGUAUUUAAAACUUAACAAUCAAUGGUAUGAAGAUGUAGCAGUUGAUACAAACUGGAAAGGGCAAAUUGAAGAUGUAGAAGAAAUUUUGGAGGUUGGCGAUUCACUAUCAGAGGAUGAUGAUCAGCAGCCCAGUGUGUCAGAUUCUUGUCUACAACCUGUUGAUAUUGGUCAGGAGGUUCUUGAUCAUUACUUCGAUGAUAUAUAUGACAUUGCUCCAGGAGAAGGCAAUAAUCCAGUUAGGAUGUUACAGGAAGAAGGGAAUGAGGCAAAAACAUUUCCAUACCUUUUCCCAAGUGGGCAGUUUUCGUGGAAUGACAACAGAGAAACACGAAUAACACUAUCAAGAUACUACAACAAUCGUCUUAUGAAUACAGACGCGAGAUUUGCGAAAGACAGUAAUUACAUUUUCUUCAGUCAGUUUAUGUCUGAUUUAAAUCAAGUUAUAGAGAAGACGCAGAUAUCAAUAAGGAAAUCAAUCAGAAGAAUAGGAAAUGACCAAGAAGUGACAGCAAAUAUGGUACAGGACCCUGAAGUACUUUCGAAGUUGAUGAAAAAUGACGAGGCUUUACGAUUCAUGCAGCCUAUACGAGGAACACCAGCAUACUGGUCAGCUGCACAAAAGGAUCUGUUUGCUAUGCUUAGACAAUUAGGAAUACCUACUUGGUUUUGUUCCUUCUCUGCUGCAGAACAUAGAUGGAAUGAUGCGGUCACUACAAUAUUGAAACAACAGAAUGAUAACAGAGAUGCUUGUAUGUUAGACUGGUCUGAAAAGAAUGAGGUACUGAGAAGUAAUCCUGUCACUGUUGCCAGAAUGUUUGAGCAUAGAUUUCAUGUGUUUCAGAAAGAUGUAAUAUUUUCACCUUCAGAACCAAUUGGAAAAGUGUCUGAUUUCUUCCAAAGAGUCGAAUUUCAACAAAGGGGAUCACCUCACAUGCAUUGUUUAUAUUGGAUAGAAAAUGCACCAAAACUUAAUGAAGAUGGAGAGGAUGCCGUUUGUAAUUUCAUAAACAAAUACGUGAGUUGUGCAGUGCCCUCCGAGGAAGAAGAUUUGGAGCUGAGGAACAUUGUCUUAGCAGUGCAACAACACAGCAAAAAUCAUUCAAAGUCAUGCAGAAAGAAGGGCACAGAGUGUAGGUUUAAUUUCCCUAGACCACCAUCUGUAUCCACAUUCAUCAACUCUCCACUUGAAGAAGAAGAGGAAACUGAGGCUACUGAUUUGCAAAAACAACAGUCCAUCGCUAAGGAAAUUCUAUUACAAGUUUGGAAUGAAGUGCAAGAUGAAGCAAAUAAAUCGAAAACAACCGAAGAUAUUUUCAGUUAUCUAGGAUUGACGCAAACACAGUAUGAGGAAGCUCAUAAAAGAUUAGCAAAAAAGAGAACUGUUGUUCUUGAAAGAAACCCAUGUGAGCUCUGGAUAAAUCAAUACAAUCCAUGCCUCUUAAAAUGCUGGGAUGCAAAUAUGGACAUUCAGUUUGUUUUGGAUCCAUUUAGUUGUAUUGUCUACAUAAUUUCAUACAUCUCAAAGUCUGAGAGAGAAAUGGGAAUGCUAUUGAAACAAACAAAAAUAGAAGCAGAAGAAGGCAACGAGAGUGCACGAACAACCUUAAAAAAAAUUGGUUCUGCCUAUUUGAAUCACAGAGAAGUGAGCACUCAAGAAGCUGUUUAUCGCGUAUGUAAUCUGAAAAUGAAGGAAUGUUCAAGAAAGGUAGUGUUUGUACCAGUGGGUGAUAAUCCUACUCGUCUAACUAAGCCAUUGUCUCAGCUAAAAAGAAAUCAAACGAAGAUGAAUGAUGGAAAUGUUGAGGAUGACGAUGAAGAGGAUGAUAUUUGGAUGACAAAUGUAGUAGAAAGAUAUGAAAAUCUACCAAAUGAUCCAUCCUUUCAAAAUAUGUGUUUGGCAGAAUUUUGUUCUGAUUUCAGAAUACUUGCAAAAUCACAGGUUCCAAAGACUCAAAACGACAACGUGUUUGAACUAAAGAACUCGAAAGGUUUUGUCCAAAGAAGAACUCGUACAAAGUCAGCUGUAAUAAGAUACCCUAGAUUCAAUCAGGAGAAAAUGUCAGAGAAGUAUUACCAAUGUCUGCUACAGCUUUUCUUACCUUACUCGACACAAACGCAGUUGAAACCUCCUGGGUUUGACCUUUAUGAAGCAUUUUAUGAAAAUGGAUAUGUACGAAUGACAGGAAAGAAGAAAGUACAGUCAGUAAAAUCAAUUGUUGACAAAAACAGAACACGCUAUGCUCAAAAUGAAGAUAUCAUCGCAGAGGCAUUGGAAACAUAUGAAAAUCUCGGAGAGCCAGAAGAUGCUUGGGCAAAUCUCUGUCCAGAGACAGAAUUAAUGAGGCAAGAAUGUUCUGCAAAGAGAAGUUUAGGUCUGGAUUUGAAUGAUACAGAAGAGCUACCAGACAUGCAAACAGAAAGCAGUUCAGAUGUUCUUUACAGUGUUCAACAGAAUACACAAUCAAGGGAGGAGACAAUGCAGAUUCUUCAAAGUUUAAAUGAGACACAAAUGAAAGUAUUUUACUUAGUACGGGAAUGGUGUCUGCAAAAAAUAUUUGGAGAAAAAACUGAUCCACUGCAUAUAUUUAUAACAGGUGGCGCAGGAACAGGCAAGAGUCAUCUUAUCAAAGCCAUACAUUUCGAAGCAUCACGAAUUCUAGGAAAAAAAAUAACUUCUCCUGACAGUGUUUCAGUAUUACUGGCCGCUUUUACUGGGACAGCUGCAUUCAACAUUGGAGGAAAUACGAUCCAUCAUUUAUUUUCAUUGCCCAAAUAUAUGUCUCUGCCAUAUGAACCAUUGAAAGAACAGAGUUUAAGUGAAAUGAGAGUUCAACUUGGAGAUCUGCAAAUCCUGGUUAUUGAUGAAAUUUCCAUGGUAUAUAAAAGAUUAUUAUACUACGUUCACGAGAGACUUGUGCAGAUUAAAAAAUCCAAGGAGCCCUUUGGAGGAGUGUCAGUAAUUGCAGUGGGAGAUUUCUACCAACUUCCUCCUGUAAAACAGCGUAAAGAUGAAAGACUGUAUAAAGACAAUGCUCUUUAUCCUGUUGAUUAUUGGGUAGACUUUUUCAAAGUAGUGGACUUGACUGAAAUUAUGAGACAACGUGAAGACAUUCCAUUUGCAACAGCACUGAAUUCACUUCGGACUAGACUAGUAAAACAACCCCUGGAAGAGGAAAUAAGUUCCAUCUUGAAUGACUGUGUAAGAGAGGGACCAGAAAAUGUUCUCCACGUCUACGCAACAAAUGACGAAGUCAAUUCAUAUAAUUUGUCAAUGCUCAGACGUACUUGUUCUGACCUUGUCGAGAUUGAUGCUCAAGACUUUUCGAAAGAUAGAACAACAGGCAAGCUAAUUUUAAGGAGUAAACCAAUAACAAGGUCCAAAACAGACAAUCUUUCUAGCAGUUUGCUAUUGGGUAUCAAUGCAAAAGUUAUGCUGACAAGAAACUGUAACGUAGAUGAUGGCCUUGUAAAUGGAGUAAUGGGGCAGAUCUCUCAUUUUGUGUAUAGCCAGAAGCAUGAUGCAAACACUGUUGUUGCAGUAGCAGUAAUAUUUGACAAUGUCAAUGUUGGGAAGAAGUCUGGGAAAAAAACGAAUAAUGGGAAUAUUGUUUUAAUUGAAAGAGUUCAAGAGGAGAUACUAGAACAUAAAAAACAAAAUGUAGUUCGACAUCAGUUUCCACUACGCUUGUCGUGGGCAUGUACCUCUCACAAAGUACAAGGAAUGACAGUGGACAAGGUUGUAGUCAAUUUAGAUAGAACAUUCUCUCCUGGACAAGGAUAUGUAGCUUUGAGUAGAGUAACGUCAAAAGAAGGAUUAUUUAUUGAAACAAACGAUUUGGAAUCGUUACAGAGGAAGAUAUAUGCUGACCCAGAAGUCAAAGCAGCUUUGCAAGGGAUGCCAAAAUUAGAUCUUCCUAACUUUGAUCAGUUAGAACAAGGCAUAACAAUUUUCCUUCACAAUAUUCAAAGUCUUAACAAACAUUUUGAAGACUUGCAAAAAGAUAUUCGAUACAGGAAUGCAGAUAUAAUCUGCCUAACAGAGACUUGGUUGAGAUCUGAACAAAAUGUUAGUAAAUUUACAAUAGAGGGAUUUAGUUUUUACCAAGUAACCAGAGAGGAUGCUUAUGAUGCUAGCAAUGCUAAAUUCUCACAGUUGGGUGCAUCAAAAGGUGGAGGUGUGGCUGUCUACAUUAAAGAUACUGGACAAGAAAAUGCUGCAUCUUCUCUUCCUGUGAAGAAUGUGGAGGCCAUUUGUGUGAAAUGUCUCUUAAAAGAUAUCGUAGUUUUAACUGUCUAUCGGCCAAAUUCUUUGGAUGCUUCUCAGUUCUUAGUACAAUUUGAGAAAGUAGUUAAAUAUUUGAGGUCACAGUAUAGGUUUUUUAUCUGUCUUGGAGACUUCAAUGAAGAUGCGAGAUCUAUAGGAGUUAUUCAGACCUCCAUGCUUAAUCAAGGUUUUAAGCAAAUGGUUGAUUUUAAUACCACAGAAGGGGGAACUAUCCUUGACCAUGUAUACCUGUCAAAAUCUUUACAAGCAAAAGUGGAAAAGGUACCGACAUAUUACAGUUACCACGAUGCAUUAAUGGUAAAAAUCAUAACAGACGAAGAAAACUGUGUAUAA